AUGCGAUCUGGUAGUAAAGUCAAGGGAAAGCAGCGAAUGCAGCUUUUCAUUCCAAUGCCUUUCUCUCUUGCGUCAAGACUUGUGCUUCAUCAAAGUAAAGCUACAAAUGACUUUUGCAGUCUUCCCAGAAACAUCCAGGAAGAUCUCUCAGGACUGAAAUUCAAACUGAAAUCACCCAAACCCCAGGCAACACUGUGCAUGAUCCAAGAGGCCGAGGUGGUGGAGCUGCAGCGGCUGGUGGCAGCCGAGGAGCAGCAGGCAUGACUCACGGCCCAGGUCCACACCUUCAUGGAGGCCUGCUGGGAGAAGUGCUUGGACAAGCCCAGCUCCAAGCUCAAUUCCUGGACUGAGACCUGCCUGGCCAACUGUGUCAACCACUUCAUCGACACCACCUUGUCUGUCACCAACCACUUUGCGCAGUUCAUGCAGAAGGGCGGCCCUGAUCGCGGCCCCGGCAGGCUCUGGGAGGGGGCCCUUCCCGGGUCAGCCUGA